CUCCCGGCGGAUGUGACGCCGCGGCGGCUCCCGGAGAUCCUGCGGCACGUGAGGGCAGCGAUGGAUGCGCUGGAUCGGGUCGUAAAGCCUAAAACUAAGAGAGCAAAAAGAUUUCUUGAGAAGAGAGAACCCAAGCUAAAUGAAAACACAAAAAAUGCUAUGCUCAUAAAAGGAGGAAAUGCAAACUUAACAGUGACCGAAGUGCUUAAAGACAUUUAYGCUGUGAAGAAGCCUUUUGCUGUGCUCUAUAAAAGGAAAAAUGUUACCAGGCCUUUUGAGGACCAAACAUCAUUGGAAUUUUUUUCCAAGAAAUCAGAUUGUUCUCUGUUUCUCUUUGGCUCUCAUAACAAGAAGCGACCUAAUAACCUGAUAAUAGGUCGCAUGUUUGACUAUCACGUGCUAGACAUGAUUGAGCUGGGCAUUGAGAAGUUUGUAUCCCUAAAAGAUGUCAAGAACAGUAAAUGUCCUGAGGGAACAAAACCUAUGUUGAUAUUUGCUGGUGAUGUGUUUGAUGUGAAUGAAGAAUACAGAAGACUGAAGAGCCUUCUUAUUGAUUUCUUCAGAGGUCCCACUGUGCCCAAUAUUCGUCUGGCUGGUUUAGAGUACGUUCUGCAUUUCACAGCUGUAGAUGGGAAAAUUUACAUGAGAAGCUACAAAGUGCUUCUGAAGAAAUCUGGCUGUAAAAUACCCAGGAUUGAACUGGAAGAGAUGGGACCUUCAUUAGAUCUGGUUAUGAGGAGAACACAUUUGGCUUCAGAUGACCUUUAUAAGCUGUCUUUGAAACAGCCAAAAGGCCUGAAGCCUAAGAAGAAAAAGAAUAUCUCCCACGAUGUGUUUGGUACAACUUACGGUCGAAUCCACAUGCAGAAGCAAGAUCUUAGUAAACUGCAGACGCGGAAAAUGAAAGGGUUAAAAAAGAGGCCGKCAGAGAAGUCAGCUGAAGAUGGUGGGGCCCCUCCGAAAAAGUCAAAAUCAGCUUGAUGGUUUGAGACAGCUUUGAAAUCUUGUACCUUCAAAGUCAGAAGUCAGAAUAUAUGUUGUAAUAUAAAUUGUCAGACAUGAAAGAUUGAGCUGUUGUUAGCUUUCGUUUUGUAAAAAAAAUCUUUUUAAUAAUUUGCCAUUUUAAAGGGAGCACUGGAGUAUGGAGCUUUAACAUGGAACUUGGUUAUUUAAAAUAAAAAUAUAACUUGCUUUGUUUUCCAAAGCUGAGUAUUUGUUUCUUGGUCUUAACAAAUAUAUGAAGUCAAACAAGUGACUGAACAGUUUCACCAAGUGGAUUGGAAGAGACUUUUAAGAURAUCUGGUUCCAACCCCCUUGCCAGGAGUAGGGACACCUUCUACUAUACAAGACUGCUCAAGGCCCCAUCCAACCUGGUCUUGAACACUUCCAGGGAUGGGGGAUCCACAACUUCUCUGGGCAGCCUGUUCCAGUGUCUCACCACCCAUACACAGAAGAAUUUCUUUCUAAUAUCCCCCAUGCUUUGUGCUUUUAGCAUAGAGGCAUUCAAAUUGUGUCUCCAGUGAGGCGACUURGUGUUGGUAGAGGCUGAAAUUCCUCUGUGCUGCCCUUUAGGUGCUCUCCUGUUGACCUGCAAUCCCUCUGCAGGCUUUGGGCAUCUCUUGCUGGCAUCAAACUGGUCAGAAUGAGACGGAUGUGGUUCCCUUC